AUGACGGCAAAUCGCAAUUGUAACCUUGAAUGCCUUCAAGAUAAAGUCGGUACUGAUGUUCUAGAAUUUGUAGGACCUGUGAAAAUAGUCCUGGUUGAUACUCCUAAACAGAGAUACUAUGUAUCCGUUUGUAAAGCUUCUGCUCUUUUGAUAGCAGCGAUUCUGCUGGGAAUCACGACAAUGUCAGUGUUAUUCUUCUCCACAACGUAUAAAAGGGAGGAUAUAUACAAGGCGUUGCACAUUUUUGUGUGUACUAUAGGGAUGCAAAUUUUCAUGCCAUUUGGAAUUUUAAUUGUGAAAAGAUUAAGCGGACCAGCAGCAGCCAUGAAGCCAUUUCAGAAAAGACUGGAACACAUUAUUUUAAACUUGCUGGGAUAUUUGUGUAUAACCGGGGGCACAUUUAUUACUUUCUUCUGUGGACAUAACCCUUACUUUACACCACAUUCUUGCUUAGGUCUUGCUACUGGUGGUCUUGUGCUACUAAAUGCUUUAUUUGGCGUGUUCUUUUCUUGCUUCAAAUGCAGCAUUGAAAUCGAGAACUUAUCAGGAAUUAGAAAGUCCUUCUAUUAUGUACACAAAGUAAUCGGUGCCUUUGCCCUUAUCGCUUCAUCAGCUUGUUUCAUUACCGGUAUUAUGAAACAACCUUAUGUGGAUUGGCUUCCAAUUGAGGAUAUGCUAUAUUUUCAUAUUGUCUUUUGUAUAUUGUAUACU